AUGCGGACAAGUGUGUGUGCGUGUGUGCGUGUGUGUGUGUGUGUGUGUGUGUGUGCGAGCGUGAAUGGCAGCCCCCAUUUGGCUAGAGGAGCGUGCGAGUGCAAUGGUGUUUGGAGCAUCAAAUGCAAUAGGGGAGCUCAAGCUGGUCUGGAGCUAUUUUGGUUGCGGGAGUCGUCGACUGCGACAGACGAAGAGCAGGGGGGCCGUGCAAGGCGAAGCACAAUGACCGAGACUGCUUCGAGCUUGACGGCCGUCGAGGUCGGCGAGCAACUGCGAAGGGCAUGCAAACGCACGUUUUUCAAGUGCCGUGAUGUGAGCGAAGCGCAGGCAGUUGUAUCCGCGGCGCAAGAGGCUGGCAUCGCCCCACCAGACUACAUCAAUCUGGGCAAUGAAAACGGCAAGACGGCUUUGAUGUAUGCGGCGCAGCUCAGCAGUUCGGAAGACCUGGUUCAUUACCUUCUUCAGUUGGGUGCCGACCCUAACCAGAGUACGAAACGCGGCCACACGGCCGUCAUGUUUGCUGCAGGCAAAGGUCGUUGGCGCUCGCUACUCCAUCUUCUUGACGAGGGCGGCAGUCUUCGUCUAACUGUUGUGACUGGAGAUACGCCUUUAGGCCUGGCACGUCUGAAGCUAUCAGAAAGUGAAAUGACGGAGCUCGAGCAUCGGGAGGCAGCUGAAACCCGGGAAUGGCGGGAUUUUACCAAGGAUGAUCAGGCCCUGGCUGCUCAAUCCACCCACGUAGCAACAUGUCGCCACUGUCGUGCCAAGCUCGGCCUCGAGCCACAUACAAGUGGAUCCCAGCGCACGGACGAGGCCGUGCAAGACCUCGAGCCCUUGCCUGUGGAUCAAGUGGUGGCCGCUUUGGGCCCUACAUGGACGACCAAAGAGGUGGGCUUCGACCAGAACAGCGACCCAUCUGCUAGCCAGCUUGCCCUAGUCCUGGCCCGAACCAUUCAUACCUGCUUCACCGGCCCACCAGUGGCACGUCGUCAGUUUUUUGAGCAGCUGCCUCAGCAAUUGCUGCUAAUCAGUCCAUUAGACGAGUCUCGAUUAGCCGAUGUGGCAGUCGCAUGCCAGCGACGCGAGCUGCGACGGCAACUCAAUAACCACGGCAUCCUCUUCAAGCGGGCCGUGAACAUGAUCAAGUUUUUGCAACGCUGCUUCAAGGAAUUUCUGCGUAACUUUUGUACACGCGUCACAGACUCUAGUGUGCGGCUCCAGUUGUUGGCGCCAGCCACCAUAGCCUUGACAGAUAGCACUGUGCUUGUGCUGUUGUUGGAGCAUGUCCAGGAUACGCUGCACACGGUUUCUUUGACUCCCGUUCUGGCUGAGGUGCCAUGGGCCGUCAUCCUUGAUCAUGGCCUCUUAUCGGCACGCCAUAUGGCUCGGCGCAACAAGUCUGGCGAGGCAGUUCAUACUCUCCAAGUGAUGGCUGCCAUUGUCGAUCAUCCCGCAAGCGGGCAGCAGGGGGCCUUGAAUGCCGGAACACUCCUCGAUACAGCUGAGCAAUGCAUGAGAGACAUGGUUGCUCAGGGCAAUUACCCGAUGGCAGCUGCCCUAGUGGACAAAUGGUCAACAUGGUUUUUGCAUUCGCCUCCAGUCCAAUCGCAGCGCGAGACCGGUCAUUUGCAGCACGUUUUCGCCAGCCAAGUUCUCGCCCCCGGCUUGAUCACCAACGCGCAGCUGUCCUUGACGCCCGACUCGUCGCUCAGUUUGACAAAGCUUUGCCAGCAGCUUGCAUCGCUGGCCACGUCAACAGAGGCGGUGUCGGACGAACUCGCUGAAAAGACUGAGCAAAUCACCAACACCGCGAGCCUCGGGACUUUAUCUUUAACCCAAGCCAAAGAUCGGUCUGCCUUGCUGCACAGCUUGACCCGUGCCAAUCCCGUUUCGCUGCUCAAAAUAUUUGAACAGUGGGGUUACGAAUUCUCCACCGACGAGGCAUUGGCCGUCGAAACACUAAUUUGUGCUCGAACCAUCCAGACUCGGGGCGCUUUGGAGGCAGCUGAGUAUGCAGCCACCACGCCACACCUACUCAGCUUCCUGGAAGUGCUGGGGGUUCCACCUCUGGCCGACCUUUUGCGUGCCGGGGUUGCUGGCAUCGACAACCGACUUUGCUUGCCGAAGUCGACCACGAUCCAUUUUGUUGGCACGCAAUCCGCGAUGCAAGAUGCUCGCCAGCGCAUGGAGCAACUCCUGACCUCCCCUCGACUCGUGGGCAUUGAUACUGAGUGGCGAUCACCCCGCCCCACUUGCUCACUCAUUCAAGUAGCCAUGGGUGAUGACGUGUUUCUUCUGGAUGCUGUACCAGGGAUGGGGGAUGCUGCUUAUGCAUACGAGGUCGUGGACGUGCAGCCCUUGGCCCAGAGCUGGCUGCAGCGCAAAAAGCGCCCUGGGUUGGGCACGGUGGUCGCGGCUGUUCUUGGACAAACCCUUGACAAGCGCAAUCAAUGCUCCAAUUGGGAUCGGCGGCCAUUGCGACCGGAUCAAGCCGAGUAUGCUGCGAUCGAUGCUUGGUGUCUAGCUCCGUUGUACGAACAACUUGUUUCUUCGCCCUCGGUCGCAAGUCGUAAUGUCGGCAUAGUUGCCGACCACGGUGAAGAUCAAGACGAAGAAGAUGAAGAAGAAGAUGGUCGUCAUUAG